AUGAAUGGCAUCAACGGGAAACAAAAGCACCAAUUCGACGAUGUCACCAGAUUAACAGAAAAAGAGGAGCGAGGCCAUCGCUCGAAUCGAGUACCCGAGGGAGCCACCGAUGUCCCGAUGAGAGCACUCUUCCGCUACGCUACAAAAGGCGAUAUUGCUUUGAUGUGUGCUGGCGCGAUUUUUGGGGUUUGUCAAGGCGGUCUGGCUUCCACCUCCUCUUACAUCAACAAAAACAUGAUCAACGCGCUCAUCGAUGGACAAAAGAGUUGGGAGAACGCCAACGACACAAAUCCAUUCGAUUACGAUGCUUUUGAGGGUGAUGCCCUUCCCCCGGUCAAUCUUUAUUCCAUUUACGGAGGAGUCGUUUUCAUUCUUGGAUUUCUAAAUAUGUGUUGCUGGCACACAGUGGCUCAACGACAAAUGCACCACAUUCGCAUUCGAUAUUUUGAGGCUGUUCUCCGACAGAACAUGGGUUGGUUCGAUAAGAAUGAGACUGGUGCAUUGACAACGAAAAUGACUGAUGGAGUCGAUCGGAUAAAGGACGGAAUCGGGGACAAGCUCGGUGCAAUGUGCGCCUAUUCAGCUCAAUUCAUUGGUGGAAUAACAACAGCCUUUGUGCUCAGCUGGAAGAUGACGCUGAUCAUGAUGUGCUUCACACCGCUGUUCUUAACGCCGAUGAUCAUGGCGGGAAGGUUCAUCAAACGAACGAUCCCGCAAGAGUUGCGAGCCUAUGGAAAGGCGGGUGCCGUGGCUGAAGAGGUCGUCUCCGGGAUACGCACAGUUGCCGCAUUCAAUGGGCAAGAGAAGGAGAUCAAGAGAUACGAAGAUCAUUUACGAGUCGGGGAGAAGUUCGGCAUUCGGAAGGCGUUUUUCACGGCUGCCGGCACGGCCACCGUUUUCUGUGCGCUUUUCAUCGCGAUGGAAAACACUUUUAAACACAAAGAAACUUUCGUUCAUUUGAGGCGUUGCUUUUACUUCGGCACAGUUCUCGUAACGAAAGACGAGAUUUCACCGGGAGUUGUUUUCGGGGUUUUUUGGGCUGUCAUCUCAGGCUCAUUCGCGUUAGGCCACGCGGCACCGCAAAUCGGGACGAUUCUCGGGGCAAAGGGUGCAGCGGCACCAAUUUUCGCCAUUAUUGAUCGGGAACCAACAAUCAACUCUCAGUCAAAAAAAGGAAAAAUGAUCGCGAAUCCGCGUGGAACCAUCGAACUAAACGACAUCCAUUUCCGAUAUCCGACGAGGGAAGAGACCAAAAUCUUGAAAGGAAUCUCACUGAAGAUCGAACCCGGCGAGCAUGUGGCCCUCGUCGGACACUCGGGUUCCGGGAAAAGUACCCUUUUGGGUCUAUUGCUAAGAUUCUACGAGCAAGAGCAGGGGAAAGUAACAAUCGAUGGCGAGGACGUGCGAGACAUCAACAUUGCCCAUUUGAGGCAAAUUGUCGGCGUCGUGAGUCAAGAACCAUCACUUUUCGCCGAUAGUGUGGCAAACAAUCUGAGGCUUGGGAAUCCGGAAAUGUCUUUGGAAGAUAUGGAAAGAGUUUGUCGAAUGGCCAAUGCCCACGAUUUCGUCGAGCUUUUGCCAGAGAAGUAUGAGACGAAAAUCGGUGAAGGCGGUGUCCAGCUGUCCGGCGGUCAAAAGCAACGAAUCGCUAUCGCCCGGGCGCUUGCCAGAAAUCCACGAGUUUUGCUGUUGGAUGAGGCUACUUCAGCUCUAGACACCGAAUCGGAAGCAGUAGUACAACGAGCGCUUGAUCAGGCUGGCCAAGGCCGUACAACAAUCUCGAUCGCUCACCGCCUCUCAACGAUCAAGGGAGCCAAUCGGAUCUACGUUUUCGAUAGUGGAGUAAUCGUCGAGUCGGGAAACCAUGAAACUCUGAUGUCAUCGGGUGGUCUCUAUUCAGAACUUGUUAAAGCACAAGAAAUCGAGAAAGCCGAGGAAAAGGAUGAUUUGGAUAGAGGCGAAAAAGAGGAUCAAUUCGACGAUAGUGCCAGCGAGAGCAGCGCGAGCUUCACCUCGUCCGGUGACAGCUCGCUUUUUGAGGAAACUGGAGGCGUGACGGGGCGAAGGUUCUCUCGAAUGAAAGCGAGGACGACGUCGAGAUUGUCAACUCGAAUGUCCCGUGCUCUCUCGAUGUCCUCCGAGAUCGAUCGAGCGAUUUUGGAUCUAGAGGAUGAAGUGGCUGAAGAGAAAGCCGCCCCGUCAUCCAUUCUGGAUAUCUUGAAGUUCGCUCGGCCCGAAUGGUUGUGGCUGCUGGUUGCACUGUGCUGUUCGAUCAUCAGAGGGCUCACUUUCCCCAUAUUUUCCCUCGUUUAUGGACGGAUGUUCAAGAUGCUCUCCUCGGACGAUCCGCCAGAUGUGAUGAAACAUCACGCAUUGAUCAAUGGGCUUUACUUCUGGGGAAUCGGCAUUUCUUGUCUAUUAAGUGCCAUGACAUCAGGUUUCCUCAUGGGCAAAUCCGGUGAGUCGAUCACAAUGCGAAUGCGGCUGAGACUCUUUCGGAAUAUUUUACGGCAGGACGGAUCCUACUUUGACAAUCCGAAUCACUCGAGCGGAAAGCUCACGACGAGGCUGGCCAGUGAUGCGCCGAAUAUUCGUGCUGCAAUCGAUCAACGUCUGGCCGACGUUUUGCAAUCGAUCUCAGCGAUUUCGGCGGGAAUCAUCAUUGCCUUCAGCUACGGCCCGAUCAUGGCGCCGAUCGGGGUGUUGACAGCUGUGACUCUGAUGACGGUGAACACGUUGAUCACACAGUAUCUGAAACGGAAGGGACAACGCGAUGCUGAAGUGGCUGAGGAGCCGAGUCGGCUAGCCACCGAAGCAAUCGAACAACACAAAACGGUGCAAUCGUUGACAAGAGAACGGCACUUUGUCGAGAAAUACGUGGAGAUGAUGGCGAAACCGCAUCGGAAUGCCAUUUCGAGGGGUCUGAUCCAAUCGCUGACUUUUGCCCUCUCGAUCUCCUAUGUGCUGAUGAAUUUCGCGAUCGCUUUCCGAUACGGGAUUUGGCUGGUCAAGUUGAACAAAACCUCGCCUUACAUCGUUUUUCAAGUGAUCGAAGCGUUGAACUGUGCAUCGAUCUCGUUGAUGGCUUUCGCAACAUAUUUCCCCGAAUACAUUCGAGCGAGACUCUCUGCCGGUCUCCUCUUCAACAUGCUGGGAAUCGAGCCGAGAAUUGACAGUUUGGUUGAUGGAGGAAAGAAACCGACCCUGAACGGUGACGUGGACUUCGAUCGUUUAUAUUUCUCGUAUCCAGUCCGGAAACAACACAUGGUUUUGAAUGGAAUUCAGAUCAAGAUUCCCCGCGGCAAAACGGUGGCCCUUGUCGGCCCAUCGGGGUGCGGAAAAUCAACGUCGAUUCAAAUGAUCGAGAGAUAUUAUGAUCCAAUUGGAGGCAGAUUGCUCUUCGACGGGAUCGAUUGUCGGGAGAUCAACCUGCAACACCUGCGCUCCCAAAUUUCCCUCGUUGGACAAGAGCCAAUCCUUUUUAAUUACUCGAUCAGAGAAAACAUCGCUUACGGUGUCAAUGCUGCAACAGAAGAAGAAGUGAUCGCGGCAGCGAAACUAGCAAAUGCACACGAUUUCAUUUCGAAACUCCCGGCGGGGUAUAACACCGUUGUUGGCGAGAAGGGCAGUCAACUGUCGGGUGGGCAAAAGCAGCGAGUGGCUAUUGCGCGGGCUGUCAUUAGAGAUCCGAAGAUUCUACUCCUUGAUGAGGCAACGAGCGCCCUAGAUACGGAAAGUGAACGGAUCGUGCAAGAGGCCUUGGAGAGGGCGUCAACCGGCCGAACCUGUCUCGUCAUCGCCCAUCGACUCUCGUCCAUUCAAAAUGCCGAUAUUAUCGUUGUCGUCAAGGAUGGUCGCGUUUACGAGCAAGGAAAUCACCAAUCGCUAUUGGCCCGCAAAGGAUUAUACGCGAAUUUGGUGGCUCAGCAAGGGUUGUCA